AUGGCGUUGGGUGCAGUGUGGGGUCGGGUGAAGAAUGUGUGCCAACAGAACGGGCUCCUCAUCCUCUCCGUGCUGGCGGUGGUCAUUGGGUGCCUACUGGGAUUCUUCCUGCGCUCCAAGCACCUGUCUGCCCAGGAGGUGAAGUACUUCCAGUUCCCCGGGGAGCUGCUGAUGAGGAUGUUGAAGAUGCUCAUCCUGCCGCUGGUCGUGUCCAGUCUGAUGUCUGGCCUGGCUGCCCUCGACGCCAAGUGCUCCAGCCGCCUCGGCAUCAUGACCAUCUCCUACUACCUGUGGACGACCUUCGUGGCCGUGGUGGUGGGCAUCGUCAUGGUGUCCAUCAUCCACCCCGGAGGAGCCGCCCAGAAGGAGGACUCGGAGGACAGCGGCAAGCCCAUCAUGAGCUCCGCAGACGCCCUGCUUGACCUCAUCCGCAACAUGUUUCCAGCCAAUCUGGUCCAAGCCACUUUCCAGCAGUAUCGCACCCAAAGCAUACGCACCCUGGCCCCCGUGCCCACAAUAAGUGCGGAGCCGGCAGAGUCCACCACAAGGCGAGUCUUCGUCUACGCUGUUCAAGACGAAAAUGGCACUGACAUCCCGAACUUUUCAUUGGACCUCACACCUCCCCCGGACGUCAUUAUACACACCAAACCGGGCACUAGUGAAGGCAUGAAUGUCUUGGGAAUCGUCAUUUUCUCUGCCACCAUGGGCAUCAUGCUCGGACGCAUGGGACCCAAUGGCAGUGCCUUGGUGAACUUCUGCCAGAGUCUGAACGAAGCUGUUCUGAAGAUUGUGGCCAUUGUCAUUUGGUACUUUCCUUUUGGAAUUGUGUUCCUGGUGGCUGGCAAGAUCCUGGAGAUGGACGACCCGUCGGCCAUGGGAAAGAAGCUGGGCUUCUACGCCAUCACAGUAGUCAUGGGCCUUGUCCUGCACGGUCUCUUUAUCCUGCCUUCUAUGUACUUCUUCAUCACUAAGAAGAGCCCAAUCGUCUACAUCAGGGGCAUCCUGCAAGCUCUUCUCAUAUCCCUCGCCACAUCUUCCAGCUCCGCCACGCUGCCUAUAACCUUCAAGUGCCUCCUGGAGAACAACCACAUAGACCGGCGCAUCAUCCGCUUUGUGCUGCCCGUGGGCGCCACCAUCAACAUGGACGGCACGGCCCUGUACGAGGCCGUGGCCGCCAUUUUCAUUGCCCAGGUCAACAACUACGAGUUGGACUUUGGCCAGAUCAUCACCAUUAGCAUAACUGCUACGGCGGCCAGUAUCGGAGCUGCUGGUAUUCCACAAGCUGGCCUUGUAACCAUGGUGAUUGUGCUGACAUCAGUCGGUCUGCCCACAGAUGACAUCACACUCAUCAUCGCCGUGGACUGGGCGUUAGACCGCUUCAGAACAAUGGUGAAUGUGAUGGGAGAUGCCUUGGCCACAGGCAUCAUGGCCCAUAUCUGCAGAAAAGACUUUGUGAAGGAGGGUGAGGAGGUACGUCUAAUCCCUCUCAUUUGUGAAACCAAGCCCAUGAUCAGCAUUCAGCAGAUGAUGGCGUACCAGAAGAAUGGCGGCUUCCAGCCCUCGCCAUCAGGCCUUAUGAUGAGGAAGCCGGAGCAGCACUUCUCGCCAGACGUGGCUCGCCUUCGGCAGCUGGAGGAGGGCGUCCGGCCCAUCGAGAAGAAGAAGUCCUCACUAGUCAAACGGGAGUCCAAGGACAAGGACCAGUGCGCCAUUGACAUGAAUGGCCUGGAGACCAACGUGUAGGCCAAUGGUCUCCAAUCAUUUUUUUCACCAAGGGCCAAAUGAUGUAGUGCAAAUGAAGCUGAGGGCCAAACAAAUCGCCAGACUGUAUGGCCACAGAUAGCAUACGUACAUGUUUUAGUUCGUUCCAACCUCACGGCGGGCCAAAUGUUUGCCAUGCCCGGGCCGGAUCUGGCCCGCGGGGCCACCAUUUGGAGACCACUGGUGUAGGCUCUCCUCGACACCUCUCUCAGACUGACACAGACGUUACACUCGAUGCCCUUGUAAAACUGUCAAGGGAGUCGAUGCCUGGAAUAAGCCUGACCUUCACAGAAAAAAAAGAUUUUGAGACUCUGGAUCUCUGCAGGACACCAGCUUCUUUUUUUUUCAUUUGUGAGUGGGUUUGGGGUUUUAUAGUUUAUUUUUACCUUCAUCGUUUGCAACACCAUUGGUUUGAAAGCCUAUCCACACACAGCUAUGUUUUUGUUAACAGGGAACAGGACUAAUAUGGAUGGCAGAGGUGGAAUCCUGUGGUGCUGUGCCCUUUCCUACGCCAUGCCCCAACUGUUAGUGUGGUCUGGGGGAAGGAGGGGGGUGGUGAGCCCCUUGGACGAGCACAGUGGGGAGGAGUGCUUUCAUCGACUGGGAGUGCAAUGUAUUAUUAAACUCAGCACCUCUGUUCAUUCAGAUUUUUACUGAUGCAUAAUGAAAAGAGAUUUUUCAUUUUUCCUCUCAUUUUUGUAAGGUUUUUUUUUUGCUUUCAAAUGAGGUUCGCUCUUUUUUGAUGAAAUGAUAUUAUCUAACAUAUUGAAAGAAAACCAACCGCCCGUGCAAUGUUUCUCUGCUAAGGUGUAUUUGUUACAUGGUUUUAGGGAUAGCACGUGUUUAUUUAAGGCUAUAAUCCUGAAUACAGUAACAUUCUUGUAAAUGUAUUUUAGGCUCAGUGAAACAGUUCAUUAUGGAGAACACAUUUAAUGUCUGCAACAGUUGAUGAGGUCUGGUGGUGUUUGUAUGGAUCAUCUGACUCUGGAGGCCCAGGAUUCAGACAAUGUUAAUCGAGAUUAAACAACGAUGAUGAUGAUGAUGAUAAUUUUCAAAAAUGAAAUACCCACUGUCGAUUUUUUGAAGUGGUAAUAACAGGUAGCAGUACUGUGCUGACCUCCCCAGUCAAUGCCUAAGAUCAUCCAUUAGGUUCAGCAAUGACGAAAUAACUUUUUUUGUUGCAAAAAAAAGGCAUUUAUAUAAAACAAAAUGAAUGUGGAAAAUCUACUGGAAAGAUGCUGGA